CCGAACGGUCGCAAAGAUCUAGGGACGACGGCGAGCAUGGUGCGUAUCUUCCUCGCUGCCCUGGCGGCGGCUUUGAUUCACGCCUCGCCGACGGACGUUGGUGCGCCAUUGGCGCGCGAUUCACUGGCGCAAGAUGCGGCGCGCAUCCUCGACGAUGACGUGGCACCUUCCCUUGUCUCGGUGCCAGGCGUCGUCGACAUCGACAAGGAGCUCGAGCGCUGCAGAGCCGAGGGAUACAGCAAUCUCAACGCGUACAUGGCGUCAGACGAUAGUACGGUCGACCCCGAGCUUCUUCGGCACUGCAACGAGGUCAAGUACCGCGAUGCGCUGCGCACGAGCGUCGCCGCCCCGCUGCUGUCGGCGCGCCACGUGCAUUUCUGGCACGCAACCAACGAUACCACGUACCAGGAUGUAUUUGAAAAGCACAUUUUAGCGUCGCACCCGAUCCGCUUGGUCGAGACGCUCGUCGUUCCGCCCGCGCUCCUCACCGCGUGCUUUGGAACCCGAUCGGCGCUGCAGACGCCCGACGCGGCCUGCACCGACGCGCUCGCGUCAUUUCGCGUGCCGCAGGUCGUCGUCAACGACUACAUGCAGCGUGUCGAGUCGAUCAAAGAGACGCUCUUGCCGGAUAUGGUGGCCGCGACCGACGGGCCGCUGCACUGCCCCUUUGGGUUGCACAUGGUUCUGGCGGCAGUGACUGACACCACGACCGUGUCGCUUCAAGUGCACGUGCCCAGCUACGACGAGUAUACGUUCGCUUUGGACAUGUCGGCGACGGAUGAGACCGAGGUGCUCGAAGCCACCAUCGAUGCACACGGUAGCAUCGACGCUGACACCGGCGUCCGUCUUCUGCAUGGCGACAUGGCGUUCAUACCGAGCGGGUUUGCUGUCUCAGCGUCGUCACCGAUGCUCCGCUUUUGCUUUGCCGAUGCCUCCAAUCUCAACCGCGUCAAGCAACAUCUCCGCGUCUCGGGGCUUGUCGAUACGACCGCGCGGCAACUUCUCUUGGCGUUGCAGGCGCCGACGUUCGACACGUCUAUGACACGCCGUCCGUCACUGUCGUUGGGCACGUGGGCCAUGUACCGCACGUGGCCCAAGCCCGAACGCAUUGCCAAAGAGAGCGAUCAGGACAAGCUCGAAGCCGUGUCGCGCAAGGACCGGUACAAGAUGUGGCAGGACGACCGCAAGUGGGACAGUGUCAUCCAGGGCCUCACGCUCCCAGUGUCCCGGCCACCGGUUGUGCUCCAAGACUCGGACACGGGGCGCACAGUUGUGCAUCUGACGUGGCAAGAUCUGCACCAGCCGCGCAAAGGCGACGUGACCACCUACGGCUAUGAAAUCCACUGGGCCACCGACGCUGCGAUACCCAAUGCGUCCUCCGGCAUUGCCAACUUGACGCAAGCCGACUUGCUGCGCAGCGCGCUGCCAACAACUGCAUUUGGCGGUGACUUUGACGGCCGCGCCAUCACCGGGCGCGUCCCGAAUCUCGCCGCCAACACGUCGUACACGUUUGCGGUGCGGCUCUUUGUCGGGAACGCGCUCGGCUUGCUCAGCGAACGGUCCCAGAACAUUCGCACGAAACCCGCGUCCGUGCCGGCGCCAGUCCCGGGACUUCCGGAGGCAGUAGCAUCGGACGCUCCCAACUGUGUGCAGCUUACGUGGCUGCCCGUCGUGGACGACGGCGGCCGGCCGAUUUUGGGGUACGCGAUCGCGGCGCGGCAUGCACCGACGACGAAUGCGUCGGUGCCGUUGCGUUGGCGGCCGUUCAACGACAGUAUGCAGUACGACGUCGUCACCAAUGACGCGCUCGUCGUCACCAAGCACGAGUUGUCGCUCCGUGUGAAAAACAUGACGGGCCAUAUUUGCAACCUUCGGGCGACAUCCAGUUAUCAAUUCCAGGUGGCGGCCAUCAACGAACUUGGUGCGAGCGGCUUUAGCGUCUGGUCCGACACGGUCGAGCUCGAGCCUAGCAGCUCCCAGGACCGCCGAGAGGUCGUGCGAGGGCAAGGCGCGCCCCACUUUACUCGGACGUACGACCGAGACUCGCUGCAGAUCGGAGCUACGGUGGCGCCACUGGCAACGGGUCCCGUUCUCGUCUUUUCCGAUGUGCUGCAGACUGUGUCGCCGUACCAGCUUGUCGGGCUGGCCAACCCGGUGCGCAAGCUCGAUGCCAAGAACAAGGUGAUUUGGUCGACGUGGCGGGCUGAUGUGUGGUCGGGGCAGCACAGCUUGAAAGCGUACGAUAUCAUCGCAGAAGCCGUGCUGGCCGACCCAAUCCUCGGCAACGCUCCCUUGUCCAAUGCCGACGCUGUCCGCGACCGCAUUCUCCUCGUGCAUCGCGGUGUUGUGCCAUUUUAUACCAAAGUGGCGCACGCACAAGCCGCCGGCGCCCUCGGCGUUCUUAUUUUCGACGUCGACAACCAAUGUGCUUCGGGCUUUGAUCAGCACUGCAGCCCUGGCAGUCACUACGCAUCGGGCGACGGCGUCGGGGCCAAAGACGACCCCUUGCUCUGGACACGCAACAUCCGCAUUCCAUAUGCCCUUGUCAAGUACGACGAUGCGCUGCCGCUGCUCGAACAGAUCGCUGACACGCACACCACCGCCGAUAUCUAGCGCGUUCAUUGUAAUAAAGGCUACGACUAGCGAAUAGUUAUUGGGCAAACUCAAACAUUGCUCCUUGUGUGAUUCUUGA